AUGCUAGAAUAUAUGGAAUAUUUGGAACAAUGCUUUGCAAAGAAUAGUCAAUGGGAUUACAAUAACUUAUAUGAACACGUUUUAGACUCUUCUGCUAGCAUAUUGCAAUUCAAGAUCCCCCAUGGGUUCAAGUUUAGCGUUUCUUCCAGCAGUUCGCCUUACAACUACAACUCGAUCAGCUUCGAAAACAGAGGGAAAGGCAGGUUGAACGGAUCCUUGGCCUACUUUUACACGACACAGGAACUUUCAAAUUACAAAACAUCAAAGAACAUUCCGCUGCAGGAUGUCAUAGAUUCUUAUCGAUUAGUCAAUAUUCCGAAGAACGAUCGAUCCUAUACAGACAAUGAAGAAUCCAAGAGACCAUGGCUCUUAUACGGCAGAAUGUACCUUCCAAGCCAAUCAAUGGAGGCAAUGGCAAUCAAAAGACUGACAGCUAAUACACAACUCAUGUUGAAGGGUGUCAAUAUUCUAAACCCCACCCCAACACCUUUUAACAAUAAGUUAACCUCUCUAAGCUUCUAUUUGCAGUCAAACUAUUAUAAAUGGUCCAGGGAAGCUAUAUUUCUUUCCAGCGAUGCUCUGUUUGGUUUGAGAUUCCUCUAUAAUUUUGGAAACUCCACCAAUCCUCAGUGUACACCUUCCAUCGACUCUAAUAAUAUCUCAACUUUAUCGUUGGGAACAGAGCUAUGGUACGGAGCCAUGAACAUGACGCCCGGGCUUUCGACGACAUUAAGAUAUACAUCAUUCUCUGUGACAGGGAAUCCAUUAACUUUCACACUAGCAUGUAACCCUAUUUUGGGGUCUGUCUCUACUACCUAUUCUAUCAAGACGAACGUAUUUACAACUCUAUGUUCCAAAUUUGAUUUUAAUUUUUACUCUUACGAGAGUGAUCUCACGAUCGGAUGUGAUUUAUGGCGAUUUGGUAAUAAUGAAGAUGUGCCAGAUUCGAAUCCGACACCUUUGCCUUCUAAGGAACGGGAACUUUUCAUUCCAUUGCAUGAUCAUCAAUUAGUGUUUCCAGAGCAAGAGAAAGCCAAAACCAUCUCCAAUGAGCCCAAAGAUUACGAAAGCGAUCUCUUAUUGAAAUUCCUGGAGAUUCAAGGCAUAAAAACCGCUCGUCAAAGUGUAGCCACAAUCAAUAACUUUACCCAAAAAAUCAAAAAUGCACCAUUUACAAGUGCCCUGAAAUUAAAUACCAGUCUUAAGAAUCAUACAGUAAAUUUGAUGUGGGAAGGUAAAUAUAACGAUUUCCUCUUGAGUACGGGCUGCUCACUUAAUUUAGAUCUCAAAAGACCAAAUGUGGAUGGAUUCGGUCUUCAAAUCCAAUAUUCUUCUUAG